CCCCGGCAGUGACCAACGAGGCGCUGCUGUUCCACGAGAAGUGCGGGGCCCUCAUCAAACUCAGCAACGGGCACAAAACGGCCGAGAGGAGGUGGCCCCUGGAUGAGUUCAACAACGGCGUGGUGCUCACCAACCGGCCCCUCAGGGAUGGGGAGAUGUUUGAGAUCCGCAUCGACAAACUGGUGGACAAAUGGUCGGGGUCCAUCGAGAUCGGGGUCACCGCCCACAACCCCAACAGCCUCGAGUACCCGGCCACCAUGACCAACCUGCGCUCGGGCACGAUCAUGAUGAGCGGCUGCGGGAUCCUGACCAACGGCAAAGGGACGCGCCGGGAGUACUGCGAGUUCAGCCUGGACGAGCUGCAGGAGGGCGACCACAUCGGGCUGACCCGCAAGGCCAACAACGCCCUGCACUUCUACAUCAACGGCGUGGACCAAGGUGUGGCCACGUCGCUGACGCCGCAGGUGGUGUACGGCGUGGUGGAUCUCUACGGCAUGGCCGUCAAGGUGACCAUCGUGCACAACCACAACCACAGCGACCGCCUGCGCCGCAACAACGCCAUCCUGCGCGCGCUGUCCCCCGAGGGCACGGCGGGGACGCCGCGCCGCGCCGCCGCCACCAACGGCGCCAACGGCACCGGCGCCACCGGCGCGCCGCCGCCCCGGCUGCUGUUCCACCCCAACUGCGGCCAGAAGGCGGCCGUGGUCAACGAGGGCCGGACGGCGCUGCGGCCGCAUGCCACGGAUGACUUCAACCACGGCGUGGUGCUGAGCGCGCGGCCCCUCGGGGACAACGAGCUGUUCCAGGUGCGCCUGGACAAGAUGGUGGACAAGUGGGCGGGGUCCAUCGAGAUCGGCGUCACCACCCACAACCCCGCCUACCUGCAGCUGCCGUCCACCAUGACCAACCUGCGCUCAGGCACGUGGAUGAUGACCGGCAACGGCGUCAUGCACAACGGCACCACCGUGCUGGACGAGUACGGCCACAACCUGGACCGCCUCAAGGCGGGGGACACGGUGGGCGUGGUGCGCAGGGACGAUGGCACCCUGCACUUCUUCGUCAACGGCGUCGCCCAGGGGCCCGCGGCCUGGAACGUCCCCCCCAACGUCUACGCCGUGGUGGAUCUGUACGGGCAGGCGGCGCAGGCCACCAUCGUGGACGAGGGAGAGGCGCCGGCGCCGCCGGGGGCCGGCUCGGAGGGCGGCAGCGCCGGGGGCAGCCCCGAGGGCGCCUCCCCGGGCGCGUCCCCGAGCGACCUGCGCUUCCACCGGCUGCACGGCGCCAACGCCGUCAUCACCAACGGCGGCCGCACGGCGCUGCGCCAGAACUGCCGCUCCGAGUUCAACGACGCCAUCGUCAUCUCCAACCGAGCCCUGCGGGACGGGGAGCUGUUUGAGAUCGUCAUCCAGAAGAUGGUGGAUCGAUGGUCGGGGUCCAUCGAGGCCGGUGUCACCGCCAUCCGCCCCGAGGACCUGGAGUUCCCCAACACCAUGACAGACAUCGACUACGACACCUGGAUGCUCAGCGGCACGGCCAUCAUGCAGGACGGGAACACCAUGCGGAACAACUACGGCUGUGACCUGGACGCGCUGGGCACGGGGGCGCGGAUCGGGAUGAUGCGCACGGGGGGAGGGGACCUGCGCUACUUCAUCGACGGCACCGACCAGGGCGUGGCCUGCUCGGGGCUGCCACCAGAGGUGUACGCCGUGGUGGAUCUCUACGGUCAGUGUGUCCAGGUGUCCCUGACCGGCGCCUCCGGCCCCACGGACAACAGCCAGAGCCCGGGGGCGGGGCCCGACAAAGCCCCGCCCCCUUCGCCAGCUCCGGGUCCGUGCCAGCGCUUCCACGGCCGCUGUGGGCAGAACGUGGCGCUGGCGGCCGAGGGCCUGGGCGCCGCGCGCGUCUCCGGCUACUGCCACGGCCUCGUCUUCAGCCGCUCCCACCUGCGCCCCGGGGAGCUCUUCGAGGUGCGCAUCGAGGCCCUGGACGAGCGGUGGGCGGGGUCUCUGCGGGUGGGGCUCACGGCCCUGCCCCCCCCCGGCCCCCCCGCCCUGCCCCCCUCCCUGCUGGACCUGCCGGCCCCGCCCACCUGGGCGGUGACGGGGGCCGAGGUGCGGCACAACGGCAGCCAGGUGCGGCACAACUACGGCGUCAGCCUGGACAGACUGACGGUGGGGAACCGGCUGGGCGUGCGGCGGGGCCCGGACGAUUCCCUGCACCUGGUGGUGGACGGGCAGGACAUGGGACCCGCGGCCACCGGGGUGGCCAAGAACGCGUUCGUGGCCCUGGACCUGUACGGGCGCGUCACCGCCGUGUCCAUCGUCAGCGCGGGGGGCGGGGCCGGCGGGGGCGGGGACGGCCCCUCCCCCACCCCCAGCCCCUCCCCCAGCCCCUCCCCCAGCGAGGCCCCGCCCCUCGCCCCGCCCGGAGGGGACGGAGGAGAUUGGGGUCCCCCCACGUUCCUGGGGUGCCACGGCAAGAACAUCGAGCUGUCCCUGCCCCACUUUAACCCUUUCAAACCCCCCAAAGGUCCCCCCACGUUCCUGGGGUGCCACGGCAAGAACAUCGAGCUGUCCAACGGCGCCCGCACGGCCACGCGCGUCAGCAGCUACAACCAGGGGCUGGUGCUGGUGGGGCAGCCCCUCCCCCCGGGGCGGCUCUUCCAGGUGCAGAUCGACGCCCUGAACCCGCAGUGGAGCUCCUCCCUGGCCCUGGGGGUCACCGGGGCCCCCCCCGGCCGCUCCCCCCUGCCGGCCUGCGCCCACGGCCUCAAACGGCCGGCCUGGAUCCUGCAGCGGAGAGCCGUGUUCCACAACGCCAGGAAGAUCCGGGAUCUCCCCGGGCCCUCCCUGGAGCUGCUCCCGGCCGGGACCGUCCUGGGGCUCCUGGUGGACGGGGGGGGGCGGCUGCACCUCUUCAUCAACGGCCGCGACCAGGGCGCCGUGGCCGGGGGGGUGCCCAGCCCCUGCUACGUCCUGCUGGACCUCUACGGGCAGUGCCAGCAGGUGACGAUCGUGGCCGAGGGCCCGGCCGGGGGGGGCUCCCCCAGUGGGGACCCCCGAAAUCGGGGGGACGUGGAGAAGGCCGACGUGGUGGAUGGGGUGAAGGAGAGCCUUUGUUGGGGACCCCCGCGCCCCCCCAGCCCUGCCCCUACCAGGCCCUGUGUUUUGGGGGCCCUGUGUGCUCGAUUCAAGGACCUGCUGCUGCUGCCAGACGAGUACUUCGCCCCCGAGCCGCGGCGCAGCCGCUGCUUCUGCCAGGGCUGUGAGCGGGGGGGGGCGACCCCCGGGACCCCCGGAGCCCCCCCUGCCCCUGGGCUGGUGCCGCUUCAGCCUCAG